AUGGCAGCCGCACAGAGCAAGAACCAGGAGAUCCUGGAUAUCGCCAAGUCCCUCAAAGGGACGCCCUGGUGCGAGGAGUAUGAGCGCAUGAUAUCAGGCAUGCUGUAUAACCCUUUACACCCGACUUUGUUGGAAGGACGCCACAAGGCUCGCUGCGCUGCCUAUAAGUUCAACAAUUUAGACCCAAAUGCCUAUGACUUCGAGCAAGUUGCCGAAGUUAGAACGAAGCUGCUGGGGGAAAUGCUGGGCAGCGUGGGAGAGGGAACAUACAUUGAAACCCCUUUCUCCCCAGACUAUGGUUGCAACAUCAUCAUUGGCAAGAACUGUUUCAUGAAUUUCGGAUUCACUGUUCUCGACACUAGCCUGGUCAUCAUUGGCGAUCGUGUGCAGAUGGGACCUAAUGUUCACAUCUACACUGCUGGCCAUGAGACCAGCGUUUUAUCGCGCAUCAAGUUCGUUGAGUUUGGCCACCCUAUCAAAAUUGAAGAUGACUGCUGGAUCGGUGGGAACGUUAUAAUCUUGCCUGGGGUCACCAUUGGUCGCGGCUGUACGGUUGGGGCUGGUGCUGUCGUCACAAAGUCCCUCCCGCCUUACUCAGUCGCCCUUGGAGCACCGGCAAAGGUUGUCAAGACAAUUGCCUCCGUUGAGGAAGAGCUUGCCGACCCCAAAAAUCCAUUUCGAGACAUGCCCGAUAGAGUUUAG